CUAUUUUAUAGUAAAAACAAUAUAAAGUGAAAUAGUAUAAAAAAGGGAACGAUCAGAGUCCCUGAGCAAGAUGGCGGCUACGGCUCCCGCUUCCUCAGGCUCCUGCUCUGUCACGUGUCUGCUGCCGACCAAUCAGAGCUGUGUGCGUUCAGGACGACAACAGCCCGCCGAGCGGCGGAAUGCUAGCGGACCGCUGGCCCGAAAACACGGAUUCAGACGCGGGUUUCCACUGUUUCCUGUUUGCAGUCAGUUCCUUUAACCCGACCCGGUCCAGUAGAACUGCUCUGCGGUUCUGACUGAGUCCAGCCUGGGUCCUUCCCGAGCUGUCACAUUCCCAGCUGACAUUCCCAGCUCCCUGAAGGUUAGCAUGGAGGUUCUGGAAUGUUAGGACGAUGUUCAAGAAUGUGUUCGGUUCGGGGUUCCUGGUGAGGACGGCCCAUGUGGUUCUGACCUGGGUCAUCACGCUCAUCCUCUUCCUGUAUGACACAGAGCUGAGGAAGCAGGAGGAGACGGGCCAGCUGCUGCAGCCGGUUCUGUUCGUGCUGCUGGUUCUGGUGUCGGUUCUGCUGUACUUCGCGGUGUCGCUCAUGGAUCCGGGAUUCAUCCUGACUGAGGACAGCGACCUGCAGUUCACUCUGGGAGGAGCGGAGGAGCAGCAGGACAUGAUCCCGGCCUGCAGCAAGGCGCUGCGUCCGCGGCGCUGCGGCCGCUGCCUGCUGCAGCAGCCAAUGAGGUCGAAGCACUGCCAGACGUGUCAGCACUGCGUGCGGCGCUACGACCAUCACUGCCCCUGGAUCGAGAACUGUGUCGGCGAGCGGAACCACCGCUGGUUCGUCCUGUACCUGGCCCUGCAGCUGCUGGUGCUGCUGUGGGGGCUGCACGUCGCCUGGACGGGCCUGGGCCACGCCCCCUCCUGGUCGCGGUGGCUGCGCUCCAACGGCGUGCUGCUGGCGGUCUGCGGGCUGCUGGCGCCGCUGGCGCUGGUGGUGCUGCUGCUGCUCGGGUCGCACCUGUACCUGGUGUCCAUGAACGCCACCACCUGGGAGUUCAUGUCGCGCCACCGCAUCUCCUACCUCAAGCACUGCGGCGCCGACGAGAACCCGUUCGACCGCGGCGCCGCCCGCAACCUGUGGGGCUUCUUCUGCCAGUGGGGCAGCGUGGUGUGGGAGCAGGCCUACUUCAGGGAGGGCAGCGACCCGGUUUAGGUUCCGACCCGCCCGCCGCCAGCCAGUCGGUCCGGACCGACCCGGAUCACGUUCUGACUGCAGAGUUCUGACCUUCACGGUUCCGCUGACCAGAGCUUCAACCAGCCUGGAUGACCUUUCACCCUCACUUCAGGUUCUGAUGGUUCCGUUUACGUGUCGGACCCGGACCGGGUUCUGAAUCCGGGUUCUUGGGAGCCCAGACUCUACCGCCGGUCCUCCGCUGUGCCGCCAUCUUUACUCCUGGUUACCGUGGUUACCGACCCUCAUGGACUGCUAGAAGGUUAAAGUUCAGGACCCGGGUCCAUCCGGCUCUGUGGAGCCGACCUGCAGGUGAUGGUUCUGGUACCAGUGGGCACAGAAACAGGAAGUGAGCCGGAGCUCAACCCUGUGACUUCCUGUCAGAGCUGGACUCAGUCUGAGGGAACAUCAAAGUUUUUAUCCGGGUCGUUUGCGUCUCAGAUGUUUAUCCUGAUCCCGACAGGAAGCCGACUGACGGACUUCCUGUCCGGGUUCCCGCAGGUUCUGCCGGGUCCAGUUUCUAACGUUUACAGUGGAUUUACUCCCAGAACUGUUCCUACAUUCCUGGUUAGAUCUGAAGUACGUCGGAGCUCCGUUUCCACCGAACGGAUCAAAAUGUUGUUUUCCUGACUGCUGUGGUUGUUUUUUUUACCUCUGAAUGGAAAUAAAGACGUUUCUGAGAAGAAA